CAUGCGCAGCAAAAGAGAUUCCACCCUUUCUAUAUAUUGACAUACAAUUAAACAAAUGCCAACACACACUGCAUCAGCAUCACCAACACUCAACUCCCUCAAUCCUUUUCCCUUGUUAAAAACUUGAUCCUAUCCAUGGAGGAUUCUCAGUUUGACGUGAUUAUUGUCGGAGCCGGCGUCAUGGGAAGUUCCACCGCCUACCAAGCAGCCAAAAGGGGUCUCAAAACACUCUUGCUUGAACAAUUUGACUUUCUCCACCACCGUGGCUCUUCCCACGGUGAAUCCCGCACAAUUCGUGCUACCUAUAUUCAAAACCAUUACUACCCUAUGGUGAUGGAAUCAUACAAACUUUGGAAAGAAGCCCAGGCCCAAGUGGGCUACAACGUUUAUUUCAAAGCCCAGCACCUUGACAUGGGCCCAUUCAACGACCCAGUCGUCCAUUCCGUCGUCGAAAACUGCCGGAAACAUAAAAUCCCUCACCAGCUCCUCAACCACCAGCAAGUUGCCGAGAAAUUCUCCGGGAAAUUUAACUUACCGGCAAACUGGGUGGGCUUGUCCACUGAAUACGGUGGCAUACUGAAGCCCACGAAAGCCACUGCCAUGUUUCAGACACUCGCCUACAAAAACGGUGCUGUUUUGAAAGACAACACAAAGGUGACUGAUAUCAAAAACGAUGGAGGUGUUGUAGUUUUUACCGCGAAUGGUGAAAAGUUUCGCGGUAAAAAAUGUGUGGUAACUGUUGGAGCGUGGGCGAAUAAGUUAGUUAAGAGAAUUAGCGGAGUUGAAAUUCCGAUAAAACCCGUGGAGACUCAUGUUUGUUACUGGAGGAUUAAAAAAGGGCAUGAAGGUAAAUUCGUAAUUGGUGGUGAUUUUCCAACUUUUGCUAGCUUUGGUAAGGCUUAUGUAUACGGAACACCCGUUUUGGAGUAUCCGGGUUUGAUUAAAGCCGCGGUCCAUGGUGGUCGGUUGUGUGACCCGGAUAAGAGACCGUGGGGCUCAGUUGUGAUGAUGAAUGAGUUGAAGGAAUGGGUUGAAGGGAUAUUUGGUGGGGUUGUUGAUUCAAGUGAGCCAGUGGUGAAACAAUCUUGCAUGUAUUCAAUGACACCAGAUGAGGAUUUUGUGAUUGAUUUUUUGGGUGGUGAGUUUGGAAAAAAUGUGGUUUUGGGUGUUGGGUUUUCGGGUCAUGGGUUUAAGAUGGCUCCAGUUAUUGGUAAGAUAUUGACUCAACUUGUGGUGGAUGGGGAAACUAAUGAGGUUGACUUGAAACAUUUUAGGAUUGGAAGAUUCCAAAUGGCAUCUAAGAUUUAGGUAGGUGUCUAUCCUUAUGUAUGUGUUCUGUCAUGUGUGUUUGUAAUUCAUCUCUUUUCUUUUUGUAGUGUUGUGUGAGUCUCACCUGGGUGCUUGAUCCCAAUAAAUCAUAAUGUGAAAUAAAUUUGUUUGGUUUGUAGAAAAGAAUUGGAUUUAAACUUGUCUUUAAA